CAACCCUCACACUACCGGCAGACCACCAUCGCCAAUGCCAAACCACCAUCGUCAGAGCCAACUACCAGAAGACCACAACGUCGGAACCAACCAUUGUCAGACCAUCUCUCCCCAAAAGGAUCCUGCCCGACGCCGGAGGGCGUACCCCGCCCGACCCAGGAGGGCGUACCCCGUCCGACAGAGACGGGCGGACCGCGCAGCUCCCUCAAAACUCCAACGUCGGACUGCUCCUGCCCCCUCGAAAUCCAGCUUCAGACUAGCUUCCGUCGUCGAUCAAAAAUUGUCAUUGAUGCUGGACUUCCUUCACAACAACAGUUACGGAUCGAGAGCGGGACUCGUGGUCGAUUUCCCAAUUGAUGCCGAGAAAAAAGUGCAAGGGGAAUCGUGGCCAGGAUUUUGGCAAGCAAAAUGUGGAAUUAAGUAAAUUGUAAAUGAAAUUAAACAUGGGUUAUGAAAUUAGACGUGUUAAUUAAGGGAACUUUUUAUGGUUGUUAAUUUAAAAGUUAUAAAUUUACCAUAAAAAACCUCCUCUAUUUAAUAUUCUACCAAAAAUAUAUCAACGAGAAAAUCAAUCUUACCUUAUAAAACUCCCUUUAAUUUGCUUAAUUAUCAUAUUUAUAAAUAUUUAAAACAAUAUAACUUUUAAUCACCGACGACCCAUCUGACGAGGGAGAUCGGACCCCGUCCAACCCGGAGAUCGGACUCCGUUCGACGUCGACGGGCGGACCCCGUCCAAACUCCAACGUCGGACCGAGGGUCUCUAUCCAUCUCCUUCCGAGGUCUUGCUCCCAUGGUGAUUCCCUCGCGGCAGCCGCCACGCAAAAACAAGAAGAUUGAGAGUCGGGAAGCGGAAGAAGAUGGUGAAGGUUAAUCGUUGCCAGAAAUUGAUGGGAAAAAAGAGGAAGGCGAGGGCGAUUGUCGCCGGGAUUUGAGGAACAGAAAAGAGGAAGGUGAGGUGCGGCAGGUUUGUUUCUCCACAGAGGCGGCAGCAAAACCCGGCCAAUGGUUCCGGCGACAGGUUGGGCAUUUUAGUUAGAUUUCUAAAGUGUCGAAGGGCAAAAUUGACCAUUUUUACAAAACGAUGGCAGCAAAAAGUAAAUACAGGGACGGAAAAAAU